AAAGAGCCUCGGUGUCUUCUUGCGGUAUACAAGGAACUUCCGUAUAGUCGUACGACACUCGCUUACCUGGAACUGGAGUAAUAUGCUCAGUGAUUGUUGGGCAUAUAUCUGGUCUCGAUGAGUUGGAACUUGCUCGAGCGCUUCAUCGAGUCGGAACACUUCAACAGGGACCCGUCGUUGACUGUGGCCUAUCUGGCUCGAUAUGCCGACCAUGUUGGAAUCCAAUACGUACUCUGCUCAAGGCUGCGACAAUUCAGCUAUGAAGACAUUGAGUUCUUCUUGCCGCAGCUAUGCCACCUGGUCAUGUCGCUGGACAACGAAAGCAUGGCGCUCGAGGAGUUCAUCCUAGACCUAUGCGAAGAGUCGGUGAAUGGCGCACUUUUGACCUUCUGGCUCCUACAAACAUACCUCCGAGACCUCGCCCAAACUCCCACCUCGAACCCAUUCAAGACAUGCCGCCGCAUCUACAACCGAGUCCAACGCAUCGUGUUUGGUUCAUCCGAGCCCGUCCGGCGAGAGAAGAUUACCGAGAAUGUCUUGCCAGUCACACUGUUGUCGAGUCUCGUACUCGGUGCCAUAGCCGCGCCAUUCUUACCACGUCAUGCUGGUCCGCUGGCCAUCGCACAAGCCAGGAGACCGCGACCUGUUGAAGAGACGAUAUCCGAUAAUGUACAACCACAACGCUUGUCUAGAAGUCAUACCGUGUCAGGCGCCCCUGGCCGUACGCGAAGACCCCGUCCUCCGCCGCAAUCGUCCAAGGAUGCCUCGACUCCUCCAGCUGCCUCGACCCCGAGAAGACCAUCACGGCCCAUGUCAAUGCUUGUCAAGGAUGCCCCGACACCUACGAAAGAUUCGCCUGGCAAUCGUGCCAUGGCAGAGGCUCUGCGCGCAACUACAAACAACCAAGCUUUCGCGAGCACAUCAUCUCUACCCGACCUUCCCUCACAACCUGCUCCUGAGCCGCCGCGUCUCACUCGCCAGCAUACUGAACACUCUGUCCGCCGUCAUUCUGCUAGUAGCAAGGCCAUCAAUCUGGCAAACAUGUCGCGUUCGCAGAAAGUUCGCAUGCUUCGCUCAAACUACUUCCGAAGUCAAACACAAUUUCUGAGCGCUCUUGAGGAUAUCUCAAACCGUUUAGUUGCUGUACCGAAGCCUGCUAGACUGAGUGCUCUUCGUGCUGAGCUGGCUCUGAUCGCUCAAGACCUACCCGCUGAGGUCGAUGUGCCCCUGCUUUGUCCUGCCACUCUUCCAGAUGGUAGUGCGAGUCGCAGCCAACAUCAUCGUAUCGUCAGGCUGAAUCCUGCUGAGGCAACUAGUCUGAACAGUGCUGAAAGAGUACCCUAUCUUUUGAUGGUCGAGGUUUUGCGUGAAGAUUUCGAUUUCGAUCCAGAAUCUGACCAGAACACACAGCUUCUCACCAAGCUGAUUCUCGAGAAAGGGAAACCUAAGCGUCGCCUGUUCGACAUUACUGAUGCUUCACGAGAAUCUGCUCGCUACCAGAAUGAGGCCCCGGUCGAAAAUGACAGCGUUUUCGAACCUGCAACUGGGGAUUUAGCUAGUCCUGCAUUGCUGCAAGAUUUGGAUGGACGCGAGACUCCUCGUAACAUUUCUAGAUCACACACUCCUUCUAACGCCGCUAUGCUGAGGGAACUCCCGCGACUAUCCAGCGGUGUAAGUACCUUGUCAUCAUUAAGCCUUACUACCCCUAGAACUUCAGAUCUCCCACUAAGCAGAUCUGUGAGUCCUUCUCCUUUUGCUGGAGCGGCUGGCCGCUCGCAAGCACCUGAUCAACCUGAUUUCACUGCUCUGGCGACCCACAUGCGAGCUGCCUCAUCAAUGCUGUCUCAACUCGACCUAAGCAGUUCGAAAAGGCCGAAAGCUGAGGUCGCUGCUAUCAAAGCGAGAAUCAUCGCCAGUAUGCAAAGUCUAGAAGAGCAAAGCUUCUAUACGGAUGACACCGCACACGCGACCAACUUCGACGCUAUCAUGGCCAAUGCAAACAACAUUGGUUCGCACGCUGAGCCAGCUGACAUUGAGGAUCCCGCCUUGGAAGCUGCUGACGCAGACCCGAACCUGAGCUCGAACGCAGGUGCCGCUCGUAUGGAGAACGAUAUCAAAACAGGAGGUGUCCAACGUAAAGGCGAUCGUGACGAUCCCUCAGCAGCGACCUUUGGUGAAGCCUGGGAGAUGAAGAAAGAACGCAUCCGCCGAUCUUCACCUUAUGGCUGGAUGAAGAACUGGGACCUGAUCUCCAUGAUCGUCAAGACCGGAGCAGAUCUCCGUCAAGAAGCUUUUGCAUGCCAGCUCAUCGCCGUCUGCUCCAAAAUCUGGGCCGAAGCCGAAUGCGACGUCUGGGUCAAAAACAUGCGCAUCCUUGUAACAGGCGAAUCCUCCGGUCUCAUCGAGACUAUCACCAAUGGCGUAUCCCUGCACUCACUCAAACGCUCGUUAACCCUCUCUUCCAUCUCCGCCGGCACUAACCCCAAGAAACGCAUGGCCACCCUCUACGACCACUUUGUAAAAACCUUUGGUGCACCAGAAUCUUCCUCGUAUGCUUUCGCCGUCGACAACUUUGCGAAGAGUUUGGCGGCGUAUAGUGUGAUAAGCUAUAUCCUACAACUCAAAGACCGCCACAACGGUAACAUUCUCAUCGACAACACCGGCCACAUCGUGCACAUCGAUUUCGGCUUCAUGCUUUCAAACACACCUGGCAGCAUGGGUUUCGAAGCCGCCCCCUUCAAACUAACCCAAGAAUACAUCGACGUGCUCGGCGGCUUGGACUCCCCUGCGUUCAAGAAAUUCAAACUCCACAUGAAAGAUGCUUUCCAAGCUUUGAGGAGAGAAGCCGAAAGAAUAGUCAUGCUCGUGGAGUUGAUGGGCAGGGAAAGCAGAAUGCCUUGUUAUUCUGGCGGUGUGGUUAAUGUUGUCGCCGCGCUCCGGGCGAGAUUUGUGUUGGAGAAGAGUAAAGAGGAGGCUGGGGUUUGGGUUGAAGAGCUCGUGGCCAAGAGCGCGGGAAGUUAUUAUACCAGGCUUUAUGACACGUUUCAAUACCGUACACAGGGGAUUUACUAGAUGCAUCAUCGUACACAUAUACAGAUGGAAAAAUGACUGUUUUACAUGAAAUGGGAAUGGAAGGCGGGAGUGAUGUGGUGUUUUACUGCCGUAUAUGCGCAUAGUCCAGCAAGCAAGCAAGCAAACAAGAAAUCAAAUGCAUCAGAUGGCG